UCAAAUUAAGGAUAAAUGAAAAUUACUUCCUAAGAGGAUCAGACAAAUUUUGAAGAGAUUCCAACCUAAAACAAUAACGAAACGCCAUGAACAACCCACCAGGAUUCGAUGAAGAUUUCUUGGAAUUUGAAUCAAAAGUCAAUCAAGUGAUGAAGCUAUUGGAAGAUAUUAAUAACGCCAAUAAAAAGGAGGAUGACGGCAGCAGUCCUUCCAAAAAGGCAGCGCCCAAGAAUAUUUUCGAUGAAAUAGAUGAGAAUAACUUCAUUGUGACGGUUAAAGAAAGUCGCACGGUGUUGAAUCGAAGUAUUCUCGAAAAUGAAGACGAAAGCGAUGGCAAGAAGAAUGACAAUCCGAAUGUUAUGGAUAAAUUUACAUUUAUGCAGCAAUUUGAAAAGGAUGCCGAUGAGAGGGCCAAGGCCAGAAGAGAACGGGAACGCAUUGCACAACAUUUCAGGACUCUGGGCAAUGAAGCCUUUCGCAAACAAAACUAUGAAAAGGCCAUUAACAUGUACACCAAGGCAAUGGAACAUAUACGGGAUAGUCCAAUUUUAUACAACAAUCGUGCUUUGGCCUAUAUGAAAUUGAAAAACUAUAAACGUGGCAUUAUGGAUUGUGAUUAUGUGCUAAACAAAUUGGAAGAGAAAAAUAUUCGUAGUUGGCUGUAUCGUGCCGCGGCAUAUAAACGUUUGGGUGAUGAAAAGAAUUUCGAGACUAGCAUAAAAUUGGCCAGAAAAAAUAAUCCAAAAAAGGGUGAUUUUAUUGAUGAUUUCUUGGAAAAAUUCAAAACGGAAUCGAUUUAAAAAAAAUAUGUGGAUAAAUUAAUUUACAA